UCCGAAAAGAUUAAUUUAUAAGCUGAAAAAAGUUCAUCUUUUCCUCCUUUUUGACCCAAAGAUUAGGAAAAUACACUUCUGCUACCGCAUCACCGAUGGAGAUGUCCACUACAAUACGAUUUCUACUUCUGCAUCUCCUGUUGCUUCUUCUUCAAUAUAUGCGACAAUUAGCUAAGAUAGAGUUUUGGGUAUUGGAAUCUUCUCAGUAUACUGCAUUUACAGAUGUUCCUGGGAAAAGUUAUGAUAGUCAUAGGCCAGUAAACGACACCAAUCCCGUGAAUUCGAUCUGUCAUUCUCUCACUCCCUCCAACCCAAAAUCUUUUAUUUUCUUUAAUCUCUACAAAUUCCUAUUUUUUAUUUCAUUUUAAGCAAAACCCAUAUUACCUUUCAUGAGAUGGGUUAAGUACCGGUUCUUACCUGGAUGAAAUCUAUAAAUUAUGUCUCAAUCAAUUGCUUCUCUGCUUUCUGGGCUGAGUUUUGACUAAACUUGUGAAGAUUGAUCCUUGUUCUUGUUCUUGUUCAUGUUCAUGUUCAUGUUCAUCUUCAAUUUAGUGAAAUUUGGGGUCUAAAACUCUAAAUGGAGAAAUUCAAGUUCUCUGGGUUGUUCUUCCUACUUGGGUGUGUGUUCUAUUCUGGUUUUGUAUGUGGAAAAGAGUGCACGAACUAUCCAACAGAGAUUUCGUCCCAUACUUAUCGAUAUGAGCUCUUGUCGUCCAAUAAUGAAACUUGGAGGGAAGAGAUGUUUUCCCAUUAUCAUCUGAUUCCAACUGAUGAAUCCGCUUGGGCUAAUUUGCUUCCUCGGAAGGUUCUGAAGGAAGAUGGGGAGGAACUCAGUUGGGCUAUGAUGUAUAGAAGAAUGAAGCACUCUGAUAAGCAUAAUAAGGGCCAAGAGGCAGGGAAUUUCCUCAAGGAACUAUCGCUACACGACGUGAGACUGGACCCGCAAUCUCUACAUGGGCGGGCUCAGCAGACAAACUUGGAGUACUUGUUGAUGUUGGAUGUGGAUAGCUUGGUUUGGAGUUUUAGGAAGACGGCAGGUUUGCCAACUUCUGGAACGCCUUAUGGAGGAUGGGAGGACCCAACUUCCGAGCUUCGGGGUCAUUUCGUGGGGCAUUACUUGAGUGCUUCAGCACAAAUGUGGGCUAGCACUCACAAUGACACUCUACAUGAGAAAAUGUCUGCAGUGGUUUCCGCACUCGAAGCCUGUCAGAAGAAAAUGGGCUCAGGGUACCUAUCAGCUUUCCCAUCUGAGCUAUUUGACCGUUUUGAAGCUAUAAAACCAGUGUGGGCACCAUACUACACCAUUCAUAAGAUCUUGGCGGGCCUUUUGGAUCAAUACACAUUGGCUGAUAAUGCCCGAGCUUUAAAAAUGGUUGUCGGUAUGGUUGAGUACUUCUACAACCGUGUCCAAAAUGUCGUAUCAAAAUUUUCUAUUGAAAGGCAUUGGCGGUCACUUAAUGAAGAAACUGGCGGCAUGAAUGAUGUCCUUUAUAAGCUAUACAGCGUAACGGGUGAUCAAAAGCAUUUGGUGUUAGCCCACCUUUUUGAUAAGCCAUGCUUUCUAGGUUUGCUUGCAGUGAAGGCGGAUAGCAUUUCUGGCUUUCAUGCCAAUACACAUAUUCCAGUUGUCAUUGGAUCUCAAAUGCGAUACGAAAUGACUGGUGAUCCACUUUACAAGGAAAUAGGGAGAUAUUUUAUGGAUAUUGUUAAUUCUUCGCACAGCUAUGCAACAGGUGGAACAUCAGUUCAGGAGUUCUGGUCUUACCCAAAACGCCUUGCGGACACGCUGGAGACAGAGAAUGAAGAAUCUUGCACUACAUACAACAUGCUAAAGGUGUCUCGCCACCUAUUUAGAUGGACCAGGGAAAUGGCAUAUGCAGACUAUUAUGAGCGUGCCCUGACGAAUGGUGUUCUUAGCAUCCAGAGAGGAAGGGAGCCUGGAGUAAUGAUCUACAUGCUUCCUCUGGGCCGUGGAGAUUCAAAGGCCCGCAGUUACCACGGAUGGGGAACAAAGUUCAACUCUUUCUGGUGUUGUUAUGGGACAGGGAUUGAAUCUUUCUCAAAGUUAGGAGAUUCGAUAUACUUUGAGGAGAAGGGCAAACUUCCAGGGCUUUAUGUGAUCCAGUUUAUAUCAAGCAAUCUUGAUUGGAAAGCUGGACAGAUUGUGAUAAAACAGACAGUAGAACCUGUUGUUUCAUGGGAUCCUUGCCUUCGAGUCAAAUUGACAUUUUUUACAAAGGAGUUUAUGCAGGGAGCACGCCAAUCAUCAACCUUGAAUUUGCGGAUUCCACUUUGGUCAUAUUCAAGUGGCGCCAAAGUGGUAUUAAAUGCGCAGAAUUUAGAUUUACCUGAAUCAGGACCAGGUAAUUUCCUUUCGGUGACGAGGCAAUGGAGUGUUGGAGACAAAUUGACCCUUCAGCUACCUAUUGGUCUACGGACAGAGGCCAUACAAGAUGACCGACCUGAGCACGCUUCUAUCCAGGCAAUCCUGUAUGGGCCCUACCUUCUGGCAGGUCUGACUAGUGGCGACUGGGACAUUAAAACAGGAACAGCAAGCUCCCCCUCGGACUGGAUAAGAGCAAUCCCGAAAGCUUAUAACUCUCAGCUGAUCUCUCUUUCCCAGGUGGCCCACAAUGUGACAUUUGUCUUAAUGAACAUAAACAAUUCUAUCGCAAUGGAGAAGUUGCCAGAAUCAGGCACAGAUUCUGCUGUCCAUGCCACCUUCAGGCUCAUCUCCAAAGACAUGAGUUCCUCCCAUUUCUCGUCACCAAUGGAUGCUAUUGGAAAAUCUGUUAUGCUAGAGCCAUUUGAUCUUCCUGGGAUGGUGGUGCAACAAGGACCGAAUGACGACCUCAUUGUGGCAAGCUCUACUAUUGAGGAAGGGUUGUCCACUUUUAGGGUGGUGGCUGGAUUAGAUGGGAAGGAUAACUCAGUUUCCUUGGAGUCAGAGAGCCAUCAGGGAUGUUUUGUUCAUAGUGGGCUGAACAACAAUGCAGGCAGAAUUGCUAAGCUCAGAUGCCGGUCAGAGACGGUCGAUGCUGGAUUCCAGCAAUCAGUAAGUUUUAGAAUGAAUAGUGGAAGGAGUGAGUAUCAUCCCAUCAGCUUUGUGGCAAAAGGUGCAAGCCGGAAUUUCUUACUGAUGCCAUUGCUGAGCUUGAGAGAUGAAUCUUACACUGUUUAUUUCAACAUCAGAUCUUAGUUUUGGGUAGGUUAGAGGUGCUCAAUGCCACAAUAGAAGUCCAGUUGGUCAAAUAAUUAUAUUUUUCCUUUUCUUUCUUAGCUUUGUGGGGAGAGAGUUGUGCUAGACUGGCCGUUUGGCUCUGAGUAGGGUUUGUUUGCUUUCUUCAAAUCUCUGAUCUAACCUUACCAAAUGAGUAAUUAUUGUUAACCUCAUUGGGUAUUGAAAGCAUCACUGUUGUUUAAAACAGUACCGUUUGGUCUAACAACUUCAUUUAUUCAGUUUUA